GCUUAUUAUUUUUCCUGUCAAGGCCAAUACGCAUUGACCUAAUCGAGCGGCAGAACUGUUUACAAUGAUUUUUAAAUGCCACACUCUCCUUAUGCUGUGCACGCAUUAAAAUCAUCAUGUGUCCAUUGUUUCUUUGCAAUAGAAAAAAUAAUUGAGGAUUGCGGAACCUUUGCAUUGCCCACACAGCAACUAAAACUACUGAACAUUUUUUUUUAAUAUUUUAGUCUCUCCCGAAAAAUGGCAUUCAAUUACCGACAAUGAGUCCAUUUGGUAUAACGAAUCUAUAUGCAGAUGGAGUGUUAGGCAAAUACUGCGAGAGGGUUCAGAAAGGCAAAAUUGAGAAAGACGAGAAUCAGCUUAGAGUAGCACAGCUGCUUCAAGAUCUGCAGGACCAACUUCGAAUGUACGAAAUUCAGCCGAAGACUAUCUUCUCAAAGUGGUUCAAAAAGGAAUUAGUUAAACCAAAGGGGAUCUACAUUUAUGGUGCUGUGGGCAGAGGAAAAACUAUGUUGAUGGACCUGUUCUAUGACUGUAUAGAGAAGCCACAGAAGAAGCAGAGGCAACAUUUUCACUCGUUUAUGCUUGAUGUGCACAACCGAAUUCACGAAUGGAAAAAGAGAAGUCAAGUAGGUCGAAAGGAUGACUCGUACGAUCCAAUACCACCCGUUGCUGCCGAGAUCUCUGAAAAGAACACACUGAUUUGCCUCGAUGAAUUUCAGGUGACAGAUAUUGCAGACGCGAUGAUUUUAAAGCGACUUUUUGAUCACAUAUUUCGAAAUGGAACGAUUCUAGUAGCCACCAGUAAUCGGCAACCAGACGAUUUAUAUAAAAAUGGCCUGCAACGGUCAAACUUCGUCCCGUUCAUCGACAUUCUUAAGCAGAACUGUCAUUCGGUGAUGCUCGAUUCUGGAAUCGACUAUCGUUCAAAGAUCUUUGGCACUUCUGAUCGACCUUUCUAUUUCAUAAAAGGGCAGUGCGAUGCAGAUGCUGAGCUAGAUCGUCUCUGGAAGAUUGUUUGUACGCAUGAAACUGAUACAGUGCGACCAAGGACAAUAAUCAUUAAAGGACGGAACGUCACCUUCAAAAAAUGCUGUGGUCAGGUGCUGGAUGCUACAUUCGAGGAACUAUGUGAUCGCCCUCUCGGAGCCGUUGAUUAUGUUUAUCUAAGUCAGAUAUUUCAUACAAUAUUUAUACGAGACAUCCCUCGGUUGACUAUCAAGCAAAAAAGUCAAGCUCGUCGGUUCAUUACCCUAAUUGAUACUCUUUAUGAUCACCACGUUCGGGUAGUGUGCUCAGCGGAAACAGACACCGCUCAUUUGUUCAUUGGAGCUACAGAUAAGGUUGUUGUAACCGACGAGAAUAGGAUGCUGAUGUCAGAUCUCGGACUUGAAAGCGCCCAAGAAUUGGGGAGUAUUUAUUCAGGAGAAGAGGAAAUGUUCGCCUUUGAUCGAACGGUAUCGCGGUUGAAUCAAAUGCAAACGUCGCAAUAUUGGAAGCAGACAAUUCAUGAGCAUAACUGACCACUUAGAGACAAGUCUUAGGCAGCGGACUAAAAUUAGAUAGGGCGUAACCAACGAUGAAUGAAAUACUCUACCAAAGUUACCAAAGUUAAACGAAACAUACGCCUUAUUCGUUACCAGCUGAUACCAUCCGGGAUGUAACAUAAUAUUUUAGAGGUUAAACACUAAAAUGUUGUUUACAAAAUCAGUAAACCUGCUAGAAUAUAUUAAAAAACAUUGUGUAUGACAAUUGAAUCAUUUUGACGAUUUUUCAGUUCUGAAGUUUAAAUACCUAAAUGCUUGGUGGCAUCCGAUAUUUAGACGUGUUUUAGAUACGUUAUCCUGCAGCAUUAAAAAUAUCGUGUUAUGCCACCUAAGGACUGACAUGAUUGACUUUUGUAUAACAACCCGAUUCGCCUGUGACUUUAGACAAACUAGAGUUUCAUAAGAACAGUGAAUAUCUAUGGCUUGGAGUAUGGGCCUGAAUGAUAAAAGCGGCUUUUAGCAUCGGUAUCAACCAAUCACAUUGUUAAUCUGUGAGUAAUUUUGCGAAAUAAGAUAUAUAACAAAGGACAUUCAAAUAACAGCUUUCGAUUUUAUAUUACGGAACCCAUACGUUGUGAUUUAGAUGUGCAAAUCAUCAUCUGAGGCUGGUUUAGCUUGUUGACUUCUAAUUACCUAAUUUGCACCAUACUUUACUUUCUGGCCAUUCAUUUUUUUAUGUUCGACUGUUAUAUUUAUCUCUAUGAUGAAGACUAUGCAAAAUGUAAUCAAAAAUUAUUGCGCCUUCUUGCCAUGGUUCAGGAUGCUAACCAAAGUAGAAAAAAUGCGUACCGUUUUACAGAAUCUCGUCAUUUUGCUUGUCAGUUGUAGCAGUGGAUGCUACGAGUUCAUUCAAUGAUUACAUUUUUUUCUUUUUACACCCCAAAAACAAUUUUAUUCAACAUAGGUGUAUAAGGAACAUGUGUGAUUAAUGCACUCAGAUUCAACUUUAAGUCACUCGAACCACAAUGAAUUUUAAUACUACUAAACGCUCUUUACGAUUGAAUAUUUAAUUUUGGUAACGAAGAGAUGCAUGAAAUAUCAUUGAGCAGACCACCAAUGGUUGUAGUUGUUUAGCAGUACUCUAUAAACAAAUUAAGUUAUAAUUUAUUAUAUAGUUGAAUACGCAUAGUUAGGUUUAGUUAGCUGUUAAAUAAACUGUAGACGUAGCACGAUAAAUGCUUAGUACCAUUGUUGUAAAAUAAAAAGAUCAUACGUAUAUAUAUAUAUAUAUAUA